AUGUUCGCCAAGACGCUCAAACCCUUCGCAGAAAAACGUUCCCAGCGCGGUGUCGUUUCAUCGUCGCCGACCAAGAAGCUAUUGAGACUUCCCCACGUCUUCUCCAAAAUACUAGAGCUUCCUUGCUCCUCCUCCGACGACGUUUUCGUCGAGGAAACGCCGCACUUUUUUCGCUUCGUCGCGCCAUGCAACGCCGGUGGCGUGCGAGCUCUGGCCAUCGAGAUUCUCCCGGGGAUAACCAAAAUCGUGAUCAAGAGGAUGGACGGCAGUGAUGUGGCGGUCGCCGGUCAGCGGCAGUACAGUUCUCUAGGCGUUGGUCUCUGGCGGUUCCGACUUCCACCGGGGACCCAACCGGAGAUGGUGACCGCCGUGUGCAGCGGCGGGAAGCUGGUGGUUACCGUGCCCAAGAACAAAAACAGAGGAAACUGA